AAAGGCCAAGGCUUUCUUCUUUUUAACUGUAGUUAUAUGCGUAGACCUGUCUCUUUUUUGGCACUUUCUGAGAAAUUUGUGUAAAUUACUCGAAUGUCUUAAAAAAUGUGGCUACAGGAUACUGGGGUUGGGAAAUCAAGCAUUGUUUGUCGAUUCGUCCAGGAUCACUUUGAUCACAAUAUCAGUCCCACUAUUGGAGCAUCCUUCAUGACUAAAACUGUGCCUUGUGGGAAUGAGCUUCAUAAAUUCCUGAUCUGGGAUACAGCUGGCCAGGAACGGUUUCACUCCUUGGCUCCAAUGUACUACAGAGGUUCAGCAGCAGCCGUGAUAGUUUAUGAUAUCACCAAACAGGAUUCAUUUCAUACUUUGAAGAAAUGGGUGAAAGAGCUAAAAGAACAUGGUCCAGAAAACAUUGUAAUGGCCAUCGCUGGAAACAAAUGUGAUCUUUCUGAUAUCAGGGAGGUACCUAUGAAGGAUGCCAAAGAAUAUGCAGAAUCUAUAGGUGCAAUUGUUGUUGAAACCAGUGCAAAGAAUGCUGUUAACAUUGAAGAACUCUUUCAAGGAAUAAGUCAGCAAAUUCCACCCUUAGAUCCUCAUGAAAACGGUAACAAUGGAGCAAUCAAACUUGGAAGGCAGACUUCACAGACGGGUAGGCGGUGCUGCUGACCCAACUUGAUCUUUUGAGAUUUACUUGAAAAACGGCACCAUUUACUCUUUCAUGGAGAAAGGACUUCGUGAUCUCAGUGAUGUGGCUCCUUAUCUUGAAAGCAGUAAUUUCAGUACUUCCCGUGAAUAAUAACACAAGGACCAGAAGCGGAAAGCUUUACUUCAAAUGAUUUUCCAAGUGGGUUUUACAAAAUCCCUCUCUAAUAUCCCGUCAAAAUUACAACGUCGGAGUAUUCUGAUCCUCUGUUUCAGCUGAUGACUGUCCUUUUCUAAUAAAAAGAACCUUUUAUAUAAAUUCUAGAUUUGCUACCAAAAAAAAGUCCCUUUUUACAUUGCAAAGCGGACUUGGCGUGUUUUUAGAGUUUUCUGUGUAACAACAGGGUGUGAAAACCCAUGAAACCUGAGUUUUGGCUCAGUUUCUCUGCCUUGUUCUAUAUUUUCUAGAUCUGUAGCUUCAUCUUAUGCUUUCAGUAAAUACCAGCAAGAAUUGAACUGAAUUUGCUAACUAGAAAAAGGGAUGAGCAAGUGCAGUUUGUUCAGGAUGCAAGUCAACAUCUGUGUCAGGAGGAGCUGUGCAUGUGAAAGAAGGAAUUGUCAGGAAGGAGGCUGCUGGGACCCCACACAGUUCCCACUGCUCCGGAAAGAACUGAAGUAGCAGCAGCUGCACUUUGCCUGAAAUGAUUUCCAGGGCAAUACGCUUCAUUAAUUGCUGAAAUUGUUAAAAACACAAAUACCGGCUUAAUCUCUAUUACUUACCAAGUUUCCUCCAGGUCUGUGUCCCAGGAUAAAGAUCUCUCAGCUUAACAAUCCCACUUCUAUUUCUAAAAGGGAGUGCCCCAGUGGGUCAGGAGGACCCCUUCCCUGGCUCGCUCCAAGUCAUCUCCGCAAGGUUGUUGGAAGAAUGGCAGUUCUGUGCAAAAAUGGCUUGGGCUUAAAGGCUGGAAUCUAAUAAAGCAACAUAGAGCAUUUCCUUACAAGUGCAAUUCUCUUCCUUUGUGGAAUAGUCUCUUCAGCAACAUGGGGAUGCAAUAUGGAGGAACUACAGCAUGAUGCCUUUGAAGCUUAUUUGCAGCACAGUGUAGAAAGAUAAAUCCCAUGGGUGGCAAUGAACUAGAAAUAAUGUAAAAUUGUGUUCUUCACUUCCAUCUCUUAUGGAUAGAUGUGAUUGAUUUUGCUUUUUCAUCGGUUCAGCUGGAAAUCUAAACUAGGGUGAGUUCAUAGUCCAGCAUUGAUUUGUUCUCUUAUUGGGAAAAUUGUCCUCACCACACCUUUUCUGGGGGCCUUAUGAAAAAUAAAGAGGAAAGUAACUUACUGCUCUAAAUCACAAACAGGCAGGCUAGAGCUGGGCUUCAGUGUUUGUGCAUAAAUCCAGACUUUCUUGCUAGGUUGUGUGGUUGCUUUGAUAAAAUGGUACUAGUUAUUAGUGCUUGAACCAGGGCCGGGUCUACUGAAAGGGAUUCUUUCCUUUUCUUUGGAUGGCUUAAAUAGUUAAGAUCAGCUGGGAUGUUUCCCACCUCAUCUUAUCAAAGAACCUAAACUACACUGUUUUUUUCACCUAAUAUCCUCUCUGAUGUUUUGGAUUCUUUUGAAAGCACUCACAUAUGAUAAUUUGUGAGCACGUACACAAGAGCUCCCACCAGAAAGGACAGUUAGGGUGACCUUUCAGUUUUGUCACCUGUGCUGAUCCAUGCCACUGCUUAAUUGCAGCAACUGUUCUACUGAUAACCCAUCAUUGUUCACAUGAAAAUUCAGCAGUUAUCACAGUUGAUAGUUGGUAAGGCUCCUUUAAGGACCAUCCAGGACAUCUCCAUGAGGCUGCUGGAAGAACCACUGUUCCAUUCAAAAAUGAUUUUGGCUUAAAGGCUGGGAUUUAAUAAAGCAGAAUAGAGCGUUUCCUUACAUCCCAUUCCAGCGUAAGCGAGUCUGCCUGGGGAGCCCAGGCAACUACAGGAGGGCAGGAGAGGUUACUGUGACCUAAAUUAAUAGGAACUGAUCACCAACACAGAUUAAUGGUGUUGUUGGGAUCUGUGGCCCAUCUGUGAAAGGCUAGGCCUGCUAGCAAGAAAACAAGGUGAGGUGGAACCCACAUGUUUUAACACAACAUUUAGCUCAAUGUAUAGUAGUUAUGCCUAACUGAUUUUUAACUUUUCAUAGAUCUGUAUGGUAUAGAUCUGUAUGGUAUCUGUCUUCAUAACGUGAUGUCUCCAAUCUCAUUAAGCCCUACUUGAGAUGGCAAGGGCUUUGUAUAAUCUCAGUUUCUGCUAGAACUGGCCUUUCAUGCGGAUCUGUAUGGGACAGAUAUUGUCUUGACCAACCAGUUCUCACAGCUGCCAGUGAGCUGCUUGUGAUUCAGAACAUGUUUUUGAGUUACACCUUUACAUAGUGUAAAAUUGGAAAUCAUUACAAUGGAUUUCUGGCAGAUUUUAGAAUUCAAAUGCUAGCAAAGUGGGCUCAAAGGUAUUUUUGCAUUAGGUGGGCCAAAUCUCAGUCACCUUCUUCUUUUACUUGCUUGAAUAAAUUCAUUGAAUCUUGGAGUCACAGAAAAGUUUGGGUUGGAAGAGACCUCAGAGCCCACCCAGCCCACCUCCUGCCAUGAGCAGGGCUGCCAUCCACCAGCUCAGCUGCCCAGGGCCCCGUCCAACCUGGCCUUGAGCUCCCCUUGGGUUAUGUUUCUCCAUAUUGGGUUCUCCAUCUUGGGUUAUUGGGUUCUCCAGAGAACUCUGGAGUCUCACGUGUAAAAAUAGCAAGGCACGGUGCUGUGUAGUAGCUUGUGUUUACUUUUAAGAUAGGGCCAGCCUUCAGUGAUGAUGUUGGUUAUCUGCCGUUUGUCAAAGCUGAAGUACAGCCUUAGCCUGCCUCUUCCAGUGGGGGAAUGGUUGGUUUAAGAAAUAGUGAUCUUCACACACAGAAUUUUUGCUUUCUUUUGCUGCCUUUGUUGUUUGGAAAAUAAGAACCACCACCCUUCAUAAACAGCCAGAAAAACGACAGAGAAGCAAACAAUCUCUGAGUCAAAACUUUCAGCAGCGAUCGUAAUUCCCUACUGGUUAAUGGCCGGUUGAAAGCUACGUGACUGUACGGGAACACUUAACUCUGUCGCUGCUCUGCUCUCCCAACAGUGAUAAGAACAGUGUGCAGUUCCUCGUUGGCCAGCUGGUGCUGGCUCUGUCGGAGACUGCUUGUCUCAAGCGAGCUGGCAGCAGGACUGGGGCACGCUGCAGUGCCAGCUGUGCUUGGUGGAGUCUGUUUGCACCGUGACUCACGGCUGUGACCCUCCAGCUGCAGGUGACUCACUUUUCCAGCUCGUCGUGAGCUAGUUGGAAAAAAAAAUAAUUAAAAAAAAAAAAAAAAAAAAAGAUGAUGAAGGAACUCGUUUUCAUGUAAGCUCUGCGUUUGAGUGUGUAUAUACGUACGGUUUUUUAUUGUUACGCUGACAAGUAGUGUAUUUUUUCACUAUGGCUGGGUCUCAUAUACUGAACAUUGUAUUCUGUAAGUACAUUUUUUGUUUAUGGUCAUUUCACCUUUAUGAAGUUACAGCUGCGGGCUGAGGGUAGCAAGAAGAUGGAGAUGCACGUAGGUACAAUCGUUGACUCGCCAUUCUUAUGCAUGAAAAUGGCAUAUUGUGGAAGAGUUGGUCUCGCAGCUGAGAAAUAUAGAAGAGGUCAUUAUUAUCCAAGAUUUGGCACUUGGAAGUGUUAAAGUUACACUGAAAGAAAUCUGAUUAUUUUUAUUCAUGGUACAGCAGGUCUAUCUGAAGUGCUAUAACAUGCCAUGGGUAUAUAUUAAUAACUAGGAAAGCUGCCUAUUGUCCCUUGUCUCCUCAGUAACCCUUCAUGGCACAUGGUGGUAUACGUUAUUAGGUUGUAACGAGAGCAUUCGGUCUACACUCAGACCUUUUCAGUACAGCGAUGAUGUAGUUUACUAUCCUACCCUUAACUAUUUAAGCCAGAGUCAGUGGUGAAUUGUCAGUUUAAAAUCACUUUCCAAGUACUCUUCCUCUGUUUUGUUUAUGUAAGGGCUUUGAUUGGGCUGGACCCACUUGCUUCAUGUAUGGGAUGCUGCAAUCUGUUAAUACUUUACCUUCCGUUUUACGUAUUAAUUGUAUCAUACCUAAUAAUAUUUUUGCCCUAAGAUGUACUUUCUAUGUUUUAUUUAACCUACAACGAUUAGCGCUAAUAAAUGUUUUAAAUGCCUCUGAUUCGAGGAUGCCUGGUUUCAAUAAAGCAGAACAAAAGAG